AUGCAGAUGUGCGGCACUGCCCGCCUGCUCAUUUCUAUAAGCUCUUUAGCGAUUGAAGAAGCUGACCUAUGGCAAGCGGCUCAAAUGAGACUGCAAAUUCCUAAAAUUGUCCGUUGUGGAGGCUUUGCCAUUCAAUUGCAGCCCCCUUUCCCAUCCAAUUGA